UCUGCCAUCGUUUUCUGUUAUCCUCGCCUUCGAGAGAGUGAGAAGGGCGAGCGAUGAGCGUCCUUUCCCUCCCCAAUCCUGCAAUCUGUUGCUGCUACCAAAGCACCUGGAUUUGGCAGCACCGCCUGCGGCAACCGAGUCCUCUCGUUCUCCAUGCCUCGUGGAAGAGUAUCGCGCGGAGUAGGGUUCACGGAUUGGGCGUCGGGAUCACCAGAUGUUCGAUGGAUGUCGCUUUCGGCGGCGGCGGCAGCGAGGCUUACGAUUUCGGAAAUGUUCCCAAGUUUCCUCGAAUGAACAUAUGGGAUCCUUAUGAACGUCUUGGAGUAACUCGUGAUGCUUCUGAAGAAGAAAUCCUAGAUGCUCGAAAUUUUCUCCUGAAACAAUAUGGCGGGCAGGAGAGCAGUUAUGAGUCUGUCGAAGCUGCUUUUGAGAAGAUACUUAUGGCCAGUUUUUGGAAGCGCAAGAAGUCAAAAAUCAAUCUGAAAAGCAGAUUAAAACAGCAAGUAGAGGAGUCACCGCCAUGGAUAAAAAGAUUGCUAGAGUAUAUCGACCUUCCUACAACAGAUGUGAUUCUGAGGAGACUAUUCCUCUUUGGUUUCAUGGCAGUCUGGAGUGUAACUAACUCUUCCGAGACUGGGCCUGCUUUUCAAGUUGCACUCUCACUGCUCUCCUGUAUCUAUUUCCUCAAUGACAAGAUGAAAAAUCUGCUGAGAGCCUCAGUAACUGGACUCACAGCUCUUGUGCUCGGCUGGUUUGUCGGUUCGAUUGCUGUUCCGGUGAUUCCAGCAGUUCUUCCUCCGACAUGGACUCUUGAACUCCUGACCUCUUUGAUAGCUUAUGUUUUCUUAUUUUUAGCUUGCACUUUUCUCAAGUAAACUCAUCUCAUUGCCAUCCAAUGUAGACCCAUUUGAGAUUGCAAUUUCAGUUCAAAUUUUCUCAUAA